CUGUGGGCAAGGGGAACUUGAAUCCAAAAACUAAACUAAGGCAGAAAGUUCAAGAGCUGAAAGCCUGACGACAUCAAGAGGAGGGAAAUCAGCCAGGCAAGGAAUCAAAAAUUGCUCUUCAGACAGGAGGAAUGUCAUAAAAGGAGAAGGAAGCUGCAUUUCUUUCCAGAUUUAGCCAGAUUUGGGCCUUUCUAAAAGUUUGAGGAGGGAUUCUGAUGUCAUUACAGCUCAUUUCAGGAAUAAACAUCCAAAGACGCAACAGUCGUUUCAGGGGGUUUUUUUUUUCUAAAGGAAGAGUUUAGACAAGCAGUGAGGGAACAUCGAGGAAGAUGAUCUGGCUGUUUCUCUUCUCUCUGACUCUGACUUUGGGAUCAGUCCAAAGCCAGAGUUCCUCCCAGGAUGCCUUCAUAAUCCAGUACCUGGAGAGAAGGCUCAUUCAGAUGGAGGAGCGUCUGAGUCUGUGUGAGCAAAACACAAUAAGUGCCACCCAGAAAACCUAUGACCUCUCCUCGGAGAUUAGAGGCUACCUUUCCACACUCAACACUUUAAGAUCAGAGGUAAAGAGCCAAGUAGACGGUGUCUCUGUGCGUGUUGACCGGGUGGAGAGAGAGCUGGAAUAUUUGGAGAACAAACUUCCCACUCAGUCUGACAUUGAGAUGGAGGAAGUGCUGCUGGAGCAGCAGAUAAAAGCAGCAGAACUGGAGCAGCUGAAAAAGAAGGCUGCGAUACAUGUGGAGAACGACUGCCAAACGGCUCUGAGUCAAGUUAAGUCUCUUAAAAUUGUGAAGAGGGCAGGCGACCCAAAUGGAUGCUGGUUCAAGGACCCCUCUGAGGGAUCAGAUAAGGUAUACUUAUUCAGUGGAUUCCGUAACAACACCAUACUGGAGUACAAAUCGCUGAAGAGCUUCACAAAGACUUCCACACCUCCAGCAAAUGAAGUACAGCUGCCUUUUUACUGGCAGGGCACGGGUCAUGUGGUUUACAAUGGAUUUCUGUACUGCCACAAGGCGGAUACACCCAAUGAAAUACUGAAGGUGGAUCUGUUGAAUGGCUCUGUGGUGGAUAGCAUGCUUCUUCCUGGAGCUGGUAACCUUCCUGUGUACAGCCUAAACCCCAACACUUAUGUAGACAUGGCUGUAGACGAGCUUGGCCUCUGGGUUAUCCAUGCAGAUCCUGAAUACGGUGGAAACUUGGUCAUUACCAAACUGGACAAAGUAAGUUUAACACUGGAAUACACCUGGGACACACAGUGUAGGAGCCGUGAUGCUGAGGGGGCCUUCCUGAUUUGUGGGACGCUUUAUGUGGUCUACAACACACGUUAUGGAGGACGCUCCACCGUCCAGUGUCUCUACGACAUCCAUGACACCAUCCACAGCGCUGAGAGUCCUGUGAUUUUCUUCCCGAAGCGGUACACCAGCCACAGCAGCAUUCAUUAUAACCCCGGAGACAAACAGCUGUAUGUCUGGGAUGACGGUUACCAAACCAUGUACAAAGUGGAGACCCGCAGCAAUACCCAAAUAACGUCCCAGUGAAACAUCACUAAGUUACGCUCUUUACGCCGCAUUGAAAUCCAAAUCUUUACAUCAACCAUCCUGAAAUACUACGCUCCUGACAAAGAUUUUCUCAAGGCCCAAUAAAUAUCAUACGCCUCAUCAGACAACAUUUUAUCCUUCACUGGUAAUGAAUGUAUGCUUCGUGGUUAUUCCAAGACAUUUAAAAAACAAUCCGCUGGACUUUGUUUUCAAGUUUGAAGACGUUUCGCUUCCCAUCCAGGAAGCAUUUUUCAAUAAAAAAUGUCCAAAAUAUCGUUGACUUUGAGGAUGUAUACAGUGGACCAAAAACAAAGCCAUGUUUUGGCUUAGAAAACAUGGUUGAAAAUUUCAAACAGGUUGGUAGAUAGUCAAUGUUUUAAUCCUACAACAAUUGUGUUUAACAGUACAUGAAAAAGUACAUGAAUGUGCACCGCCCCCCAACCACAUGUUUUAUUAAAUUGUAUACAGAUUUAUUGCCUUUCUCAUUUUGCAGUCUCUGAUAUACCUUAUUCUUUAAAAAACUAUUUUAUCUAUUCCUAUUUCCUGAUAUAAACACAAAUAAAUAUAUUAAGAACAUU